AUGGUCUUUCAGAAUUGCAGCCCGCCCAACUAUUCUGGGCCAGGAAAAACAGUGACUAACAUAGUGUCGAUGCACGUGGACUAUACGACCGAAACAAUCGAUAUUUGCAUCAAUCCGUCUUUCCAGCCAUCCAAGCGGAUGAGCCCGGCCAUCCUCGGCUCAGCUUCUAUGAAUGCUCGUGGCGAGGAAACGUGUUCAGGCCUUACUGUCAGGAUUGCACUCGCAUAGAUUGACAGGAUUAAUCGACCAAGCGAAAGAUGACGAUCGCAUGCAAUAUCUGUUAAGUAUGUCGUGUCGAUCAGAAGCGGUCAUGGUUAUUUAUGGAUAUCGAAGCUAGCUCUCAAGAAGAUAAAAAUUUCCUACUCUCUUUCUGGACAGGAAAUGAAGAAACAAAAAACGGUAAUCAUUCUAUCAUAUCUGAUCUGUUUGCCUUUAGCUGCAGGUACCAGUGGUUCCUACUUAUAAUCAUGAGUCUCUUGUUCAACACCAUAUAUUGUAUUAAUUUCUUGUCCUGAAUAAAA